AUGGCUGACUACUGGGGGGAUCUCUAUGCCAUCUUCCAAGAUCCACCACCUCCUACCACCACCACCUCCACCACCACCAACACCACACCACCUUGUUUAGCCAGUUUUACUUUCAACGAAAAUUACAAUAAGGCCUUUUCUUUUCCCAAUAUACUGCAGCAACCUUUAAUUAUAACCAGUUGCUUGUAUCGUUCAGUUCCACCACCUCCCAUCAACACCAACAUCACACCACCUUCCUCAGACAGUUUCACUUACGAUGCAGGUUAUAAUGAGCCAUUUUCAUUUCCCAUCGACACCAACACCACACUACCCUCCUUGACCAGUUUUAACAAUGAGCCAUUUUCAUUUCCCAUCAACACCAACACCACACUACCCUCCUUGACCAGUUUUAACAAUGAGCCAUUUUCAUUUCCCAUCAACACCAACACCACACUACCCUCCUUGACCAGUUUUAACAAUGAGACAUUUUCUUUUCCCAUCAACACCAACACCACACCACCUUCGUUGGCCAGUCUCACUUUCAAUGAAGAACCUUUAAUUAUAACCGAUGAGUAUGUUGAUGAGCUAGACCAAAUGCUCGCAUCCACCACAACAAGUACUACAACUACUAGUAGUAAUAAUGGUAUCAUUCUCAAUCCCAAUUCCCUCCCUGAUUUUGCAGGACAAAGCCACCACCUUCCUCCUAAUCCUGUGCUUCUUGCCCCUCCUUCCAAGGAACCGAGACCACAUAUGCAGAAGCAACAGAAACAGGUUUUUCAAGUUGAAACAUCCAGAGAAUUAGCCAAAGGAAGAAAAAGCGAACAGAAGAAAAAGGUGCUCCAUGUCACUGAAGAUGAUAAACUCUCAUCAGAUUCGUGGGCAUGGCGUAAAUAUGGACAAAAAUCCAUCAAGGGUGCUCCAAAUCCAAGAGAAAACAAACAGAUGGAAACAGUCUUCUAUGAUGAACUCCCACCUUCAGAUAAGUGGACAUGGCGUAAAUAUGGAACAAAAUCCAUCAAGGGUACUCCACAUCCAAGGAACUAUUAUAAGUGUAGCAGCUUCAAAAAUUGUACCGCGCGAAAGUGGGUUCAACGGAGCAGCAGUGAAGCACACAAGUUCAUCAUCACGUACAAAGGAGAACACUCCCAUCAAGAAGAAGCUGUCUUCCUGCUCCCAUCUCCAUUUUUUUAG